AUGGACGCCAAGAACUCCCUCCCUCACUCCACGCCUCUCCCCCCGGUCUCUGACCACCACCACGUCCUCCCCAUUGUCUCUCGCCCGCCAGCCUGGGUCGCCUCACAGCCCUCGUUUCACGCCCACCCUCCCCUCGAUAUUAAUAAUAAUUACCUUAAUCCACCUUUUCACCCUCCCCCGCAGUCCGUCUCACCAUCGACCUCAUCGCCGUCGCAGCCGUUCCCCGCUCAUGCUGCCCCUUCGUCGUCCAUGGUCCCCGAGGCCCUCGACGAGCCCAAUGCCGUCCAACAACCAUUCGCCAGCGAGCCAACUCGGCAAAACUCAGGGAAGACGGCGGUGACAAAAGUCCGCAAACCGCGCAAGCAGGGCAAUGCCUCGCAGGGACGCUCGACCCUCUUCUGGGUGCAUAACGAUCCGCAAUCGGUCGCAGAAGGCACUCGAGAGGAGACGUUGAAGUUGAUUCGCUCUCAUGUCAUGUCCGAGCAUAACCGCAAGAAACGACUCGAGAACAAUAAACGGUAUAAGAACAAAGCGUGGAAGCACCUCGCUUUCCAACCGGUCGAAACCGCCGAUUCCAACCCUGCCUCAUCGUCCGCCCCUCCUGCUCUUGAGACGUCGCAUCCAGCUCCGCGGAAACCAUCGCGAAAGGCGUCGCGUUCCACCUUACCUCCCCCGACAUACUCCUCCUCGUCCUCUUCCAAGUCGCCCUCUCCCGAGCAACCGAUAUACAAAGAAGACGACGAAUCAGAGGAGGAGGAAACAAAGUUUACGGAAGUUGGUAACGAUUACGAAGCGGUGCCGGCAGACUCAGUGGAUGACUACAGGAUCAAACUUGAAAAUGAGACGACCCUUCCCAUGGUUCAGAACCCGUCACCAUGGGCUUAUGUUGGCCAGGGGUCAAGCGAUCCCUUCAGCACGAUGCAUACGCCAAUUUCGGAGCGUAUGCAUCGGCAUCUUCAACACUUUUUAUGUAAAUUGACGCGACUGGCUUACCCGUUACAACGACGCUAUGGAGCCAAAUUGGAGGCUCAUUGGGCGACUCUCGUCCAACAUGAUCCCGCCUCUUUGCACGCCUGUAUUUGCGUCGCCGCAACGAAUUCCGCACUCGAAUCCGGAGAGUUUCCUUUGACAGAUAACAAGAAGGCAUCAAGUCCCCUUCUUCUCGACACGUUCCACCAUCGAGGCGAGACGAUUCGCCUGGUCAAUGAGGGUUUAUCGGAUCCUCUAAAGGCCGCCAGCGAUGAGUUGAUUGCGGCGGUUUCUGUAUUGCUAACAGUUGAGAUUGCAACUGGAGAUCCGGACUAUCUGAAGAUCCAUCUCGCGGGCCUGAGGCAGAUGGUUGGAAUGAGGAACAGCUUCGCAGAUGUCGUUGACGAUGUUCGAUUCCAGAUUUCAUGGACCGAUAUUCGCGUCGCAUGCAUGUCUUUGACGAAACCUAUAUUUCCAUUCGUUCGCUAUGCUCGCCCGAAACAUUUUACCAUCACACCACCCACCAAAGAGCUAGAAGCUACUGCUUCAAGCCUAGUUUCCUUGAUUCAGAUACCCGGCAUCUUCGGCGAUGUCAUGUCCAAAGUCGUUUAUGAUCUGGCCGAUCUUCUCUGGUACGCAGAGUGGAUUAAAGGCGGCCCAGAAUACCAGGAGUUUGAUGAGGAGACGGAAUGCUACUACAACACCGAGGUGCUGUACGUCGAAUACGCGCUACACAGCGACCGAUACACACCAACCGGCGAAGUAAAAGGAGACGACACAAUCGAGGGCUGCGUCCGCCUAGCCUGCCUCCUCUUCCACAAUAGCGCAAUCUGGGACUUCUACCCCCAAAUUGCCCCUGUGUUCCCGAAACCAAUCAUCGCCCUCCAAGUAGCCCUCGAAAGCACAAUCCGAACUGGCUGCUACCACCUCUGCCGCGACCUCCUCAUCUGGCUCCUCUUCGUCGGCGCAUGCAGCACGCGAAUCCCCAGCCAGCGCUCAUUCUUCGUCAACGAACUCGCUUCGGCAAUCCGCCUCCAGGGCGUCCGAUCAUGGCAGGAGCUCCGCGCGAUCCUGUUCCGCUACUUCUACGUCGAUCGGUGCUAUCUCGGCCCGCUGCGGCAGCUGUGGGAUGAGCUGCAGACAACGUCGGCUUCGCAGCAGUGUAUAAACAGUAAUUGA